GCUCAAGUGUCAAUCAUGUCUGAAGCUUGCGCUCAGCGGUGUCAAUUGUCCCAUCUCAUCGAUAAAAGGUUCACUGGCACGGCGAGGGGUGUGGGAGGAACGCAAAAAUUCGUCGGAAAGAUCCACUGUUGUCAGGUGAAAGUGAUGGACCACUACUUCCCUUGCAAUUUCGAUGUGAUGGCUGAUCGAGAAAUGGAUCUACUCUUGGGACUGAACAUCCUCAAACGACAUCAGUGCAAUAUUAACCUCAAAACUAACAUGCUGGAGAUGGGUGACGGAACUAUGACUCCAUUCCUUUCCGAUUCUGAAAUUAACUCGCAUUUGGAUGAUUUGGCAUCAUCGAAUCCAUCAGAUUUCGCAGUAGAUGCGGACCUGUUGGCACAAGCGGUGAACUUGGGAUUUUCGGAGGCCGAGGCCAAAGAAGCGUUGCAAAUGACAAGGAAUGAUCUUGAAGCAGCGUUACAACAGCUGUUCUCCAAGGCAGAUGAGCGUUCUCAUGCUAUGGAGCACUAA